CCGGUCGCGGCCGUCCCGGCGCUCAUGCGGGCCGAGCCCCGCCCCCCUCCCGGAGCCCGAGCCUGAGCCUGAGCCCGCGCCGCGCGCCUGCCCGCCCGCACCAUGCUCAAGUGCAUCCCGCUGUGGCGCUGCAACCGGCACGUGGAGUCGGUGGACAAGCGACACUGCUCGCUGCAGGCCGUGCCGGAGGAGAUCUACCGCUACAGCCGCAGCCUGGAGGAGUUGCUCCUCGACGCCAACCAGCUGCGCGAGCUGCCCAAGCCCUUCUUUCGGCUGCUGAACCUGCGCAAACUGGGCCUGAGUGACAACGAGAUCCAGCGGUUGCCCCCCGAGGUGGCUAACUUCAUGCAGCUGGUGGAGCUGGACGUGUCCCGGAACGACAUCCCUGAGAUUCCUGAGAGCAUCAAGUUCUGCAAGGCCCUGGAGAUUGCCGACUUCAGCGGGAACCCCUUGUCCAGGCUCCCUGAAGGCUUCACCCAGCUGCGCAGCCUGGCCCACCUCGCCCUGAAUGAUGUGUCCUUGCAAACGCUACCUGGGGACGUGGGCAACCUCGCCAACCUGGUGACCCUGGAGCUCCGGGAGAACCUGCUCAAGUCGCUGCCUGCGUCUCUGUCUUUCCUGGUCAAGCUGGAACAGCUGGAUCUGGGAGGCAAUGACCUGGAAGUGCUGCCUGACACUCUGGGAGCUCUGCCCAACCUGCGUGAGCUGUGGCUAGACCGGAACCAGCUGUCGGCACUGCCUCCGGAGCUCGGGAACCUGCGGCGGCUGGUAUGCCUGGAUGUGUCGGAGAACCGGCUGGAAGCACUGCCCGCGGAGCUGGGGGGGCUGGUGCUGCUCACUGACCUGCUGCUGUCUCAGAACCUGCUGCAGCGGCUUCCGGAUGGCAUUGGCCAGCUGAAGCAGCUGUCCAUCCUGAAGGUGGACCAGAACCGCCUGUGUGAGGUGACUGAGGCCAUUGGGGACUGUGAGAACCUGUCUGAGCUGAUCCUCACUGAGAACCUGCUGACGGCCCUACCCCGCUCCCUGGGGAAGCUGAGCAAGCUGACCAACCUCAACGUGGACCGGAAUCGCCUGGAGGUGCUGCCGCCCGAGAUUGGGGGCUGUGUGGCGCUCAGCGUCCUCUCCUUGAGGGAUAACCGCCUGGCCGUACUACCGCCUGAGCUCGCCCACACAGCUGAGCUGCACGUGCUGGAUGUGGCCGGGAACCGGCUGCAGAGUCUGCCGUUCGCACUCACGCACCUCAACCUCAAGGCCCUGUGGCUGGCGGAGAACCAGGCGCAGCCCAUGCUCCGGUUCCAGACCGAGGACGAUGCCCAGACUGGCGAGAAGGUGCUCACCUGCUACCUGCUGCCCCAGCAGCCCCCGCCCAGCCUCGAGGACCCGGAGCAGCGAAGCAGCCCUUCGGAGAGCUGGAGUGACGCCCCACUCAGCCGAGUCAGCGUCAUCAAGUUCCUGGGGGCCCCUGCGGGCGACGAGGAUGCCGAGGAGGCUGCUGCAGAGAAGCCGGGCCUGCAGCGCCGGGCCACACCUCACCCCAGCGAGCUCAAGGUGAUGAAGAGGGGUGUGGAAGAGCGACGGAACGAAGCCUCCUGCAGGCCCAACCCCCGGCCUCCCUCAGCCUUGGAGGAGGACAAGAGGCUAAGCGCCGAGUCUGGCCUGAGUGAGGACUCACACCUGUCCACCAGCACAGCCUCCCAGGCUGAGCCUGAGGUCCUGCCGGCUGAGGCAGAAGCGCUGAGCCAGCAGGAUGCCGCACUGGCUGCCCAGGAGGAGGCCACAGAGGAGACCUAUGAGGAGCCCACAGUGCGCUUUGCCGAGGACACGCUGCUGCUGCCUCCGGGGGAAGAUGGUGACAGUGAGGAGGGGCCCCUGGAGGCCCCCUGGCCCCUGCCUGCGGGGAGGCAGCGGCUCAUGCGUAAGGACACGCCCCACUACAAGAAGCACUUCAGGGUGUCCAGGCUGCCCCAGCCGGAGGCUGUGGUGGCCCUGUUGCAGGGAACACAGCCAGACGGCCAGGGCUUGGCAGGGUCUGGGGGCUGCCACAACGGCCCGCACACUCCUUGGGCUACUCGGGCAGAGGAUGCGGAAGACGAGGAAGACGACGAGGAGGCCGUGGCCUCUGCACCCUCUGUCAAGGGGGUGUCGUUUGACCAGGCCAAUAACCUGCUGAUAGAGCCCGCUCGCAUUGAGGAGGAAGAGCUGAUGCUUACCAUCGUGCGGCAGACGGGGGGCCUGGGCAUCAGCAUCGCAGGCGGCAAAGGCUCCACCCCCUACAAGGGGGAUGACGAGGGCAUAUUCAUCUCUCGGGUGUCUGAGGAAGGCCCUGCAGCCCGGGCUGGGGUCCGCGUGGGCGACAAGCUCCUCGAGGUGAACGGGGUGGCCUUGCAGGACGCUGAGCACCACCAGGCCGUGGAGGCGCUGAGAGGGGCGGGCACCACUGUGCACAUGCGGCUGUGGCGGGAGCGCAUGGUGGAACCCGAGAACGCGGUCACUGUCACGCCUCUGCGGCCUGAGGAUGACUACAGCCCGCGGGAACGGCGGCUUGGUGGCCUGCGCCUGCCCCUGCCCGAGACCCCUGGGCCCCUCCGACAGCGCCACGUGGCCUGCCUGGUGCGCAGCGAGAAGGGCCUGGGCUUCAGCAUUGCUGGAGGGAAAGGCUCCACGCCCUACCGAGCUGGCGAUGGGGGCAUCUUCAUCUCCCGCAUCGCUGAGGGGGGCGCUGCCCACCGGGCCGGCACUCUGCAAGUCGGCGACCGCGUCCUCUCGAUCAACGGGGUGGACAUGACUGAGGCCCGGCACGAUCACGCCGUCUCCCUGCUGACCGCUACGUCCCCCACCAUCGCCCUGCUGCUGGAGCGGGAGGCUGGGGUGCCCCCUUCCCCUAGUCCCCCACCACACGCUCCGCUACCCCCCGCUGCUGCCGCCACCCCUGUGGUCACUGCUGCCCCUGGGGAUCCCGGGCCAUUGAGGCUUGCCCCCAGCCUGCUGGCCGCCACCCUAGAGGGGCCAUAUCCAGUGGAGGAGAUCUGCCUGCCAAGAGCUGGGGGCCCACUGGGGCUCAGCAUUGUCGGGGGCUCUGACCACUCCAGCCACCCGUUUGGAGUCCAGGAGCCUGGCGUGUUCAUCUCCAAGGUGCUCCCUCGGGGCCUGGCUGCGCGCAGCGGCCUUCGGGUCGGGGACCGUAUCCUGGCCGUGAAUGGGCAGGACCUGCGGGGUGCCACACACCAGGAGGCAGUUAGCGCCCUGCUGCGGCCCUGCCUGGAGCUGCUCCUGCUGGUGCGCAGGGACCCGGCGCCCCCGGGCAUGCGGGAGCUCUGCAUCCAGAAGGCCCCUGGAGAGAAGCUGGGCGUCAGCAUCCGCGGGGGUGCCAAGGGCCACGCGGGCAACCCCUGCGACCCCACCGACGAGGGCAUCUUCAUCUCCAAGGUGAGCCCCACGGGGGCAGCCGGGCGCGAUGGCCGCCUGCGCGUGGGGCUGCGGCUGCUGGAGGUGAACCAGCAGAGCCUGCUGGGGCUCACGCAUGGCGAGGCCGUGCAGCUGCUGCGCGGCGCGGGCGACACCCUCACCGUGCUCGUGUGCGACGGCUUUGACACCAGCACCAGCCCUGCCUCCGAGGUGUCCCCGGGCGUCAUCGCCAACCCCUUUGCGGCAGGCCUGGGCCGCCGGAACAGCCUGGAAAGUAUCUCUUCCAUCGACCGGGAGUUGAGCCCCGAAGGCCCCGGCAAGGACAAAGAGCUGCCUGGACAGACCCCACAGUGGGGACCGGAGGCCGCGGGCCGGAGCCCAGACAGCCUACAGCUGGACUGCCGCGCCCUGGCCACCAUGCCCAGCACUGGCAGCGUGCAGAGGGUCCCGUCCGGGGCAGCUGGAGGGAACAUGGCUGAGGCCCCUUGCUCCCCUGGUUACCAGCAGACAAAACCCGGGGUGAUCCAGCCACUGGCUCAGGCCUGGCCAAGGGGCUCCCCGGCCCCCAGGGGCAGAGGUGGUGCCUGCGCUGUGAGUGCCCUGGACCUUGGGGGUUGGGGGUCGGAGGCAGUCGGCUGCGGGAACAGCUGUGGGGUGGGUGGUGGCUGCAGCCAGGACAGCUGUCCCAGCACAGCUCAGGAGAGCCUCACCCCUCAGCCCCCCUCUCCACCCUCCCCUGAUGAGCUGCCCUCCGAUGUGAAGCGGGCCUACAGGACUUUUGCUGCUGUGCCUGACGCGCACCCACCCCAGGACGCGACUGCCCAGCUUCCCACGCCUGGGCCCACUGCCUCCCCGGAGCAGCUGUCCUUCCGUGAGCGGCAGAAGUACUUUGAGUUGGAGGUGCGGGCGCCCCAGGCCGAGGGUCCCCCCAAGCGCGUGUCGCUGGUGGGUGCUGACGAUCUGCGGAAGAUGCAGGAAGAGGAAGCCCGAAAGCUGCAGCAGAAGAGGGUGCAGAUGCUGCGGGAGGCGGUGGACACGGGGCUCUCCCUGGAUGGGGAGGCCCCCGACAGCGAGGAGCCUGAGGAGGAGCCGUCCUGGGCCGGCCCCGGCCCUGCCGCAGGGCUCUGUCCUGCGUCCCCUCCGAUCCUGGGAAGCAGCGCGCCGGUGCGGACGGCCAAAGCUGAGCGGCGCCAUCAGGAACGGUUGCGUGUGCAGAGCCCCGAGCUUCCUGUGCCGGAGCGGGCCCUGUCCCCAGCCGAACGCAGAGCCCUGGAGGCUGAGAAGCGCGCGCUGUGGAGGGCAGCCAGGAUGAAGUCUUUGGAGCAGGACGCUCUCCGCGCACAGAUGGUCCUCAGCAAGUCCCAGGAGGGCCGUAGCAAGCGUGGGCCCUUGGAGCGGCUGGCUGAGGCCCCCUCGCCCGCGCCCACCCCAUCACCCACCCCCUUGGAAGACCUCGGCCCCCAGAGCAGCACCUCCCCGGGACGCCUGGCCUUGUCUGGGAGGAAGUUCGACUACAGGGUGUUCGCAGCCCUCCCUUCUUCCAGACCUGUCUAUGACAUGCAGUCCCCGGAUUUUGUUGAGGAGCUGAGGUCCUUGGAACCGUCUCCCAGCCCCGGUCUGCAGGAGGAGGACGGAGAGGUGGCCAUGGUGCUUCUGGGCAGGCCCUCCCCAGAUGCCAUGGGCCCGGAGGAGGUGACACUGUGCAGCAGCCGCCGCCCCAUGCGGCCAGGGCGCCGCGGCCUGGGCCCGGUGCCCUCCUAGAGGGUCGGGUACCUCCCCUGGACUUGGGGUGGGGGCCCUGCCAGCUCCAACACCACCCUUGCCCCAAGUCUUUUAACAUGGGUGUUAGCAUUUUAAAGAAACCCUCAGGAGUUCUGGCUGCUGACUAACUGCCCGCUAUCAGCCAGGACCUCUUGGCAAGACUGUAACUAGUGAUGUUUGUACAACCAAAGACUCUAUUUUGUGGUUUAAGGAGAAUAAAAUUGACUACAUUUUA